AUGGUAAUUAACUUCAAGGACAUUGCUUAUGUUAUUCACUAUAGGCCUCCUCGUAAUAUUGAAGAAUUUCUCCCAGAAAUUGGUCGUGCUGGCCGCGAUGGCAGGAAGGCAGUUUCAGCAUUAUUUUACCAAGGGAAAAAUUUGCGGAAAUGCGAGAAGGCAGUAAAAAGGUAUGCCAAGGAAAGCACCUGUUUUCGAAACCUUUUAAUGUCAGAAUUUGAAGAACUUAACAACACUGUGGGAGAUCAUAGCUGUUGCUUGUCAUGCCAUUUGAAGUGUCUGUGCAGUGACACAAAGUGCAACAUUGACAUACCGUUUACUCACCACAUUUGUCACGUGAGGGGGUCCUCCAAAGAGUCUUUCAAGAAAAGGAAGACUACCCUUCAACAGAGGGUACUGCUUGAAGAAUUGUUGAGGGACAGGCAAAGGGAACUCUCUUCUAAGUGCUUAGUCUAUUACCUGUCUCCUGAGUGUACAACUGGAUUUAGUGAUAAUCUGAUUAAGUUAGUGCUGUCUCAUUGUUAGUACAUUUUUAAUGUGAAUUACAUAAUGGAGAAUUUGCCUGUUUUCAAAAAAGAGAAUGCUUGUGACAUCCUCCAUAUGGUUAGAGAUUCUUUUGAAGAUUUGAAAUUAAUGAUGAGACACUGA